UUUAUUCUGCAGGUGAACAAUGCAGCCGUCACCAUUCAGCGAUGGUACAGACGCCAGCGGCAGAAGAAUCAGGCGGGGGAGAGGGCGAUCAGGCAUAUGCUGGCUUCCAAAAAGGAGGAGCGCCAGCAACAGGCGGCUGAGAAAAGUACAAUAAACUCCCAGCAAACCAAAGAGGAGGAGAGACGGCGGGUCAGAGAGGAGAAGGCCAGGCAGGCCCGACGUGCAGCUAUCCAGGAGCUGCAGCUGAAGCGAGCGCAGAAAGCGCUGGAGAGUCAGAAAGUGGUGGAGGAGGAGCUGGCGCUGCUGGUGAAGAGCGGGAAGGUGGGCAGGAAGAAGAAGACCGGCUGCAAUACAGCGACGUCUCCUACAGGAAGAGGCAACAAGUCCAAAAAUAAUGCGGCAGGUUCCAGAGCUCAGGAUACAUUGGAAUGUGACGGUUCCGGAGUUCCGCUCUUCAAACCAGCUCCGGACAUCAGGAACUAUGAGCAGGGCCUCCCGGGUCUCCUCUCCGCAGACCCGCCUCGGGGGGACGUGGAUGUCGCAGCCUCUGCUCAGUCUAAGACGACUCUCACCGACUUGUUGGACACAUUGAAACAACUGGAGGAACCGGAACCUUUGCUGGACAUUAAACCCGACAGCAAAGACAAGUUCAGCUGGAUUGAUGAGGAUGCAGACACUUCCCUGACCGCCGACAACUUGGAGCGGCUCAGUCACAUGAUGCGCAGCGGUCCGGCGGAGCAGAAGGAACCCCAGAACGGAACUCUGCUGUCCGAGGCCAAGUUACAGAACAUCAUCAGUUUUCUGGAUGAGAUGGAGAAGGCUGAGCAGGAGAGACCUCGAUCCUCCGCCUCCAACACUCACGAGGGCCAUUGCUGUCGGAGGAGGAAUUGGCUCACCUGGAGCAGGCGUCGGCCGUGGCUACCGAGGUGACCGGCAACAUGCUGAAGAUGCGUCUGGAGCUGGAGGAGAAGAGGAAAGGCCUGAGUCUCCUGCAGACGGCCCUGGCUCAGCAGCGGGAGCUGACGGUCCGUCAUGUAAAGCAGACAGAGAAGGAGUUGGGGGGUACCAGCUGAAGCAGCAGAGCGAUCAAUACGAGUCGACCAUCCAGAGACACCUCACCUUCAUAGACCAGCUCAUCGAUGACAAGAAAGCCCUGAGUGUGAGCGAUGUGAAUCUCUUGUGAAUGAACUGAAGCAGGUGGAUCAGAAAUACUCCAGUAAGAUCCGUCAGAUGCAGGAUCAGCAUGACAUGGAGAUGAAGAAGCUGCAGGAACUGAUGACGGCCACCGAGAAAGUGCGGCGAGAGAAAUGGAUCGAUGAGAAGACCAAGAGGAUUAAAGAAAUCACCGUGAAGGGCCUAGAACCUGAGAUCCAGAGACUCAUCUCCAAACACAAGCAGGAAAUCCGCAAGCUGAAGGCGCUUCACGAGGCCGAGCUCCUGCAGUCCGACGAAAGGGCCGCCAUGCGUUAUGUGCGCCAGGCCGAGGAACUGCGCCAGAACCUGGAGCGUGAGAAGGAGGAGCUGAGCCAGAGGGAGCGAGAGCUGGCAAAGCAGAGGUAUGAGAAGCAGCUGGUGCAGGAGGAGCAGUCCCUGCAGGAACAGCGCCGGCGUCUGUACAGCGAAGUGACCGAGGAGAAGGAACGGUUAAACCAGCAAGCUGCCAGGCAGAGGGCGGAGCUGGAUGAACUGAGGAAGCAGCUGGAGGAUAACUGUGCCCUGGCCACCCGCGUGCUGAAAGAAGAGUACGAGAAGAGCAAAGAGGAGCAGGACAGGAGGCACCAGGCCGAGACCAAAGCCCUGAGAGAGCGAUCCGAGAUCGAGAAGCAGGCGUGGGAGCAGAACUACAUGAAGAAGGAGGAAGCCUGGCUCCUGACCCGGGAGAGAGAACUGAAAGCCGAGGUCCGGAAGGGACGGGACAAGGAGAUCGAAGUCGUGAUUCAGCGUCUGGAGGCAGAGAUGUCAACGGCAAGAGAGGAAUGUGAGCGAGCUGCAGAGAGCAGGAUUAAACGAGUUCGGGAG